AUAAGUCUCAUUUGGCCAAAUUUUGAACCGGAGGUUGAACUUUUUGGAAUAUAAUUGGAUAUCCAUUGAAUUUGAUAAACCACACUAAAAGUUGUAAGAAAGCAGAGGGUGGCAAGGUGGUAAACUCAUAAGUAAGGACAUGAGGGACUAUUUAUAAUACUCUGAAAUGGGAGCCCCGAGCAUGUGUUUCUGUCUGUCAGGUUGCAUGAUUGCCUUACGGACACACAGAAAGCUCUUUUCACUGCUCCAGAUCUUGUCUUGACCAGACCGGACGUUGCUUGUUUUUGUGGGGGGAGUUGACUCACCUCCACAAUUUGGCUUCACAAACUUUUAGCUUUCCUUUUACCAGCUCUUGGAUCUUUUAUUGGGAUUGUUUUUCUAAGUUUUCCCUUCUUCACCCCUUGGUCCGCACUCUUUCUCAUCUCCGCGUGUGAGGUUUUCUGAGGUUAUGCUGUCCUCACCAACUGUCAUCCUCCAGCCUUAUGGACUGCCGGUCUAUCCGCAGACUACCACAUGCUACCCAAGUAUAGUACAGGGGGGCCCCGCUCAGGAGGCGGGCCCGGGCGGCGCCGACCCCGCCCUGCCACAGGUGUAUGCCGCGCCCCCUUCCUACCCAACCCCAGGUCAAGGGCCGCCCACCGCCACUGGCAGGCUGCCGCCUCUGGAUUUCAGCCCAGCACACCCGAGUUCCGAGUACCCAGAGCACGCCCAGCUGAGGGUUUUUCAGGGCCCCCAGCUGGAAGGGGCGGAGCCUCUGACAACCACCAACACGGAGGAAGCGUUGGCCCCCGUGACCUCGGACCCCCAAGCUCUGAGUGUAUCUGCAGCAUCCAGCGGUGGGGGGAGUGGAAGUGACGAUGAGGGGUCUGGUAAGGCCCAACCCAAACGCCUCCACGUGUCAAACAUCCCAUUCCGCUUUAGGGACCCAGACCUCCGGCAGAUGUUUGGGCAAUUUGGAAAAAUCCUGGAUGUAGAAAUCAUCUUCAAUGAGAGGGGAUCAAAGGGAUUUGGAUUUGUCACCUUCGAAAGUGCAGCAGAAGCUGACCGAGCACGCGAAAAAUUGAAUGGGACCAUCGUAGAAGGGAGAAAAAUUGAGGUCAAUAACGCCACUGCAAGGGUAGUUACCAAAAAGCCCCAAACAGCACUAGUGAAUGGUGACCUUUCAACUUCUGGGUGGAAGAUCAACCCUGUCAUGGGGGCCAUGUACGCACCAGAACUCUAUACAGUCGCCGGUUUCCCAUACCCAGUGGCGGCGCCCGCUUUGGCUUACCGCGGUUCGGCACUGAGGGGUCGAGGUCGGACCGUUUACAACACCAUCCGCUCCGCCGCGGCCACGCCUGCUGCUGUGCCUGCCUACCCUGGGGUAGUGUAUCAAGAUGGUCUCUACGGAGCAGAGGUCUACGGAGGUUAUCCUGCAUAUAGGGUGGCUCAGUCACCAUCUGCCGCUGCAACAUACAGCGAUGGAUAUGGUCGCGUGUAUGCCGCAGCUGCAGACCCCUAUCAUCACUCUGUGGGGCCAACAACCACAUAUGGCGUUGGUACUGUGGCCAGUUUGUACAGAGGAGGCUACAACAGAUUCACUCCCUAUUGAUGCACCCCACUGUGACCUGGACACUUCACUCAAGUGACUGGAUAGACUGACUUUGUAAAUAUUAUGUACUGUACGGUUUUCCGUGCCAACUUAUCAUCAGCACAUGCACUGCAUUAUGUAUUUUUCAAUUGCAUUUCAAAUGAAGACUGUAGUGCUAUAAAACAGUCAAAAUGUACAUUUUUCUUACGUUUGAAUGAUGUGUUCUCUAUUUAAGUGUGUUUGUGUGUGUGACAGGUUUGAAACUGGUUUCAGUAUGUCAGUACUUUUUAGCCCGUUGCAGAGUUGACUGCAUUUAGGUGGGGUUUCCCUUUUAUAUUUCCUUAACUACCUCUUCUUUUGGCUUUUCAUCUUGGUCUCGCUGUGUGACGUUUAUCUCUAAAUAAAAGUUUUCACCUUUUUUCCUGCUUCAAAAUACUCUUGAGCUUUACGUUUCGUCGAAAAACAAAGCAGCAUAUAGAAAUUGAAAUACUUGUACUUCUGGUUUAUUAUAGCUUUUCUUUCCUAUACUUCUGGUUUAUUAUAGCUUUUCUUUCCUAUGCAGUAUAUAUACAAUAAUGAUUUAACUAUUGCUCCUCCCUUUAUAAAUACAGCUUUUUUCCUACUUGUCAUGUUUUGACCUUGUCUACGGCUUUCCGUGCAUGCUUUAUUCUCAAUUUCUCUGCUUAGACGCUUUACAUUUCCAUUUCUAUUCGAGUUUGCUUCUUCUGAGCUUGAAUUUGCCAGCUUGUUUCCUACAUGUAUUCUUCUUAGCUUUCUUUGUAGAUGUGCUUAGUAUUCAUAACACUAACAUGUGAAACAGCUUCACAAGUUGUCUUUUUUUUUUUUUUUUUUUUUUUU